CUCAAUCAGAUGCGGGGCUAUAAAGCCACCCUGAACAACCCGAAUAUCUCUCAGGAAGCCAAGGACCAUGCGCAGAGAGUCCUCGAUAGUGAAAUUGGUGGAAUCCAGCCCCAGGAAGAACUUUAUGGUACUCGAGGCGACCAUGAUAAGGACCCUAAUAGGAUGGCAGCUGGGCUGAAGGCUGCCAUGCAUAACCCCGGCGUAUCACAGAGUGGUAAGGAGCAUGCUAAGGAAAGGCUGGGUAGGGAUGCCCCUCAUGAAUAG